AGUACUGAUGUCCCCGGCUUUCGAAGUGUUCAACAAGCUUCGGCUCGCAGGACAGCUUUGUGACGUGGUCCUCAUCGCAGACGGUGUUCAGUUCAACGCCCAUAGAGUGAUUCUGUGUGGCUGUAGCUCCUACUUCCAGGCUCUGUUCUCCAGUGACUGGAGUGAUUCAGGAAAGCGGGAGUACCAACUCCCAGGCAUUUCCCCUGAAACAUUGAGGCAGGUCAUCGAGUACGCCUACACGUACUCUGUGGUCAUCACAGCUGACAAUGUGGAGAACCUCCUGGCAGCUGCUGAUUAUCUCAGUGUCCUGGGCAUCGUGCAGCGCUGCUGUGACUUCCUGCAUGAGCAUCUCUGCCUUGACAACUGUGUUGGGCUUGUCAAAAUCGGAGAAGUCUACUGCCUCAAUGAGCUGCACCAGUCUGCAUUCAAAUUCCUCCUGAAGAACUUCAAGGAGGUUGCCAUCAACUCAAACGAGUUCCUAGAACUCACGCUCGAAGAACUUUGUGACAUCAUGGAGCGGGGCAUGAACUGAAUGUCAGAGAAGAGGAUGUGGUGUUUCACGCCAUCCUCCGGUGGAUCGAGCACGAGCCUGCCACCCGAGAGGCCCACAUUUCAGUUCUGUUGCCCAAGAUAUGACCCGAUAACACGAGAAUGGCAGCAGAUGGCCCCCAUGCACUGGCAUCGCUGUAAUGUUAGUGUGGUUGUGCUCGAUGGGUUCAUCUACGCCAUGGGUGGCCAUAUUGUUUUCAGGCCCCUCAAUAAAGUAGAGCGGUACAACCCAGUAACCAACGAAUGGACCCAGAUCGAGCCCAUGAAUGAGAGGAGAAGCGAUGCCAGUGCCACCACCCUGAAUGGCAAGAUAUACAUCUGUGGGGGCCACAGUGGAACAGAGAGCCUUUCUACAGUGGAGUGCUUUGACCCACUCACUAACGAAUGGAGCUUGAUCACUCCAAUGAGCACUCCCCGUCACAGCCUUGGAGUCACGGCGUAUAAAGGGAAGAUCUAUGCGGUGGGCGGUAUCAACAGGUCUGAUCACCUGCAGACCAUGGAGGUCUAUGACCCUACCACAAACCGCUGGCAUGCUGUGGCCCCCAUGUCUACACCACGCAGUGAAUUUGGCAUCGCAGUGGUGGACGACCUCCUGUUUGUGAUGGGCGGCCACGAUGGGUUUAGGGUAACAAACAAGGUGGAGUGUUAUGAUGCGGGGACAGGCAGCUGGUAUCGUGCGCAGGACAUGAGCAGAGCCAGAAAACACUUCAGCUGCUGCGUAGUGCCUGCGCACCCCCGCAUCAUACAAUACGCUUCACCUCGUUAGUCCCUGAUGGCCACCAAGGAGGAAACCCAUCUGCCCACAACAGCAUGCCCAGUACGUAACCUCAUUUACACCCCCCACCCCAAAGUCAUUUUCCAUGGCCUCGCUAAACUCCUCCCACACCUGAGUUUUUGCCUCGAUGACCGCCGAAGCCGCAUUCCAUCAUUUCAUCACCUCUGUCCACCAGCAGGUUCGGGGAAUGCCGCCACAACAGGCACCGACCACCUUACGACCACAGCUCCAGUCAGCCGCCUCCACAACGGAGGCAUGGAACAAGGCCCAUUCGGACUCAAUGUCCCCUGCGUCCUCCAGGACAUGGGAGAAGCUCUGCUGGAGGUCGGAGUUGAAUCUUCUCCUGACAUUGCAUACUUAAAAUAAAGUUUUCUCUUUUUCAUAUUA